CACGACGCUAAAACGAUACCACGAUCCUCUAAAUAUGUCCUUACUAGCAUUGGCAAGAAUAUUGUGAGAUAGCUAGCGUUAGCAAUACAAUGAAUGCAUCAGACAACGACUAUGGCGGCCAUACCGUAUGCCAUUCCCACCACUGAAAUACCAGUGACGGCCGGGCCCAAACCCAAAAGAACUCGAACCCGAAGAACAAUUAAACGAACGGAUGCAGCCAAGGAAUUCCAUCUCAAGCCAGUGGACCUCGAUACCCUCACCCCUGCCAAGCAGAGGGAUAAUCCAUAUGGCAGAAAAGUGACCUUUUACAAAAUCGACGAGAUAGAAGCUCUAGCUGAGCGACUUCAUGAAGACCCUUCUACUUCACAGUCGCUAAGUCGGCCCCCAGUGACAAGAAAAAAGAAAGGUGGAUCAAUCACCAAAACUGAUGCUGAAGCUCACUAUUCCCUCCAGCCAGUUCAUUUGGAUGGGAUAAAGCCUCGUGAGGUAAAGAAAAACCCUCACGAUGAAUCUCGAAGCAUGUACAUUUACAAUGUUGUUGAUGUAGAGGAACUGGCAAAGGCAGUCCACGGGCCGCUAUAUAGGCUUCCAAAGCGACCUGCGAAGUCCUUCACGUCUUUAAUCCCGGACCUCGACGAGGAUGACCUUUACCCUGGGUAUCACAAGUGGUACUAGAGCUCAUGUAAGUUAGUAGUGUGGUAUCGAAUUCUUUUCCAUGAAGCAUACAACCAUCCUUCUCUUUCUUGAAGUCUCUAUAUUUUGGCCGUGUCGACUACAAUAUUGGCACUCGCAUCCCCAUGUGCCAUCGAUAGACACGUUUGCAUGCCUAGUGUCCAUUUUUGUUCUUUAUGCACCCGCGACGGCAUAUUUUGAAUCCUCAGGUUGAGUCUAUCGUUGGAUAUGCUUGGGCUGUCCUCCUACUCAAACCUAUCAUCGAAAUCAUGAUACAACCG